AUGUCUGAACCAGGCGGCAACGCAGUCCGGCUAGGAUACCAGAUAUCUACCUGGCACACGGAGCAGCCCCGGCACGCAGCCUCGCCUCAACAUAAGGUCAUUCUGCUGGGAACGGCGGGCGUCGGAAAGACCGCAUUCUUUCUAAGAGUACGCGACGGAGUGUUCUCGCCGACCAGGGCGUCCUGCUGUGCCGUGGACUAUUACGUCAAGGACGUGCCAGUCCCCAGCAGUAGCUCCAGCGACGAGGAUACCUCCAUCAAGGUAGGCCAAUCACAACUGACAUUCUCUAGCGCAAGGCUGUUUCCAAACACGCAGAUGGUGCUGUACGACACCGCCGGUGGAGAGAGAUUCCGGAGCCUCACGUCCAACUUUUAUAGAAACGCACACGCUGCGGUGCUCAUGUUCAGCGUGGACGACGCGGUGUCGUUCUACAAGAUGGAACUGGAGGUGCAGAACGCGCAGUCGUUCGUGGGACGUGACUUUGUAUGGGUGGUGGUGGGGAGCAAGAGUGAUUUGAAGAGGGACCCUUACAUCACGGAGCAGAGGGUGGAGGUGUUCUGUGCAGGACUAGGCUCCAGGCUGUGGCUCUACGUGUCGGCCAAGACUGGGGAGAACGUGGACGAGGUUCUAGAGGUCGUGGCGAGAGAGCUACACCGGAGAUACCACUCUAAUAUCUGUCUGUCCAAAGGAUACAGUGACACUGUACGACUGCUGUCAAUAGAGGGUGAGAGGAGGGAGAGAGAAAAGACAUGCAGAACUCGAUUAGAGAAUUGCAGAACUUGA